AGCAAUGUUUUGCCGUGCGGAGCGAUUCAUAAUAGCAAAAGAUUUUUCGAAAAGAUUUCGUGGAAGAAAUGGAAAGAUUGAAAUUGUUUAUGUUUCAAGAAAAAAUAAUAACGCAAGGAAAAGAAUUCUAAGAGGUUGAUACCAUACCUAAAUCCCAAGUCUUAUCGUGUCCACAUCACGGAUGAUUAUUUAUGAGCCGCUCAUUUGAAAAUCUACAGAUCGAAGGACGGUGAUAGAAAAAUAAAGGGAAGAUACUCCACGGUAAGCACGUGAGGACGCUCUCCUUAUAUAUUAACUCAGAGUGGAGAAGACUAUGCUAUUCAAAAGAUUAAAAAAAAAAAAAAAAGAAACUAAACUGCCAAAAAAGGGAAAAAAAGGAGGAAUGAAAAUCCGGCUUCAGGGCCGUCGUUGAACAUCUCGAAGAAGAAAGACCAACCAACGUUUCUGAGAAAGCAGCAGCUCCAAGCUCCACUGCGGAGGCGGUCAGGGCGAGAAGUUGAAACCUUAGUCUGCGUGGAUGGGCCAGUCUUCUUCGACGGCCGCAGUAUCGAGCGGUCGUGAAUCUAACCAUAGCCACGGUUCCAAAUCCAAAUCAACGGCUCUGAUCUCCCCUAUGCGAGAUGAAGAACCAAGCGACUGUGAAAUCAUCGAUGGAGAACCCGACUACAUCUCGGUUCUACCUGACGAGUGCUUGGCUUUCAUUUUUCAGUCCCUUAGCUCCGGCGAUCGUAAAAGGUGCUCUUUGGUAUGCCGCCGAUGGCUAAGAAUCGAGGGACAGAGCCGUCACCGGCUUUCUCUCAACGCUCAAUCGGAUCUCUUCCCUAUGGUACAUGCUCUCUUCUCACGCUUCGACGCUGUGACAAAACUUGCUCUCAAAUGUGACCGUAGAUCCGCGAGCAUCGGCGAUGAAGCCCUUCAAGCGAUCUCGUUCCGGUGCCGGAAUCUCACUCGCCUCAAGCUUCGUUCUUGCCGUGACGUUACCGACGCCGGCAUGGCAGCUUUUGCAAAGAAUUGUAAAGGUUUGAAGAAGCUCUCGUGUGGAUCAUGCACGUUUGGAGCAAAAGGUAUGAACGCAAUCCUCGAUAACUGUGCAUUUCUUGAAGAGUUAUCAGUAAAGCGGCUUCGCGGAAUCACCGAUGGAGCGGCGGCUGAGCCUAUUGGACCAGGUUUGGCCGCAUCUUCGCUCAAAACGAUAUGUUUAAAGGAGCUUUACAAUGGACAGUGUUUUGGUCCGCUUAUAAUCGGGUCAAAGAAUCUCAGAACUUUGAAGCUUUUCAGAUGCUCUGGUGAUUGGGACAAGCUUUUCGAAGUCAUUGCGGAUCGAGUAACCCAUAUGGUCGAGAUCCAUCUCGAGAGGCUUCAGGUAAGCGAUGUUGGCCUCUCUGCCAUUUCUAAUUGUUUGGAUCUGGAGAUUUUGCACCUUGUCAAAACCCCAGAGUGCACCAAUUUAGGGCUAGUUUCUGUCGCUGAGCGUUGUAAGCUCUUAAGAAAGCUUCAUAUUGAUGGAUGGAAGGCGAAUCGAAUGGGCGAUGAUGGAUUAAUUGCAGUAGCAAAGAAUUGCCCUAAUUUGCAAGAACUGGUACUGAUUGGUGUAAAUCCUACAACAAGUAGCCUAGAAAUGUUGGCUUCGAAUUGCCAAAAUCUAGAGCGAUUGGCACUUUGCGGUAGCGAUACUGUCGGUGACGCUGAGAUUUCAUGUAUUGCAGCCAAAUGUGUAGCGUUGAAAAAACUUUGUAUUAAAAGCUGCCCUGUUUCAGAUCAUGGAAUGGAAGCGCUUGCAAAUGGAUGCCCAAAUUUGGUUAAAGUGAAGGUGAAGAAGUGUCGAGGGGUAACUUGUGAAGGUGCCGAUUGGUUAAGAGCGAAUAGGGGAUCGCUAGCCGUGAAUUUAGAUAGCGGCGAAGGUGAGCAUCCGGAUGCAAGUGCUAGUGAUGGCGGAGCACAGGAAAAUGGAGUUGAAUUUACUCCUGUGCCUAGCCAAAUAUCGGUACCACCUAUUGCUUCAAGCAGAGCUGGGCGAUCAAUGUCUUUCAAAUCAAGAUUAGGGCUUUUUAGUGGGAGAAGUUUUGUGGUAUGCACUUUGAGAAGGUGGUCAAGCGGUAGUAGCAGUUCUCGAAGUUAAUUAGAUUAAGGACUGAUUUGAUUGGAGAUUAAGGACUGAUAUAAGUUUCAGAGCGGAAAAAUGGGUCCUGGGUCUUGGUAUGUUUGCGUUAUUUUCCAUUGUAUCUGAUUCCAUAUUUGAUGUACUGAAUUUGAUAUUGGGUGCUGUUUAUUACCUUUUCAACUGAAUCUUCUUCGUCAAAAAGUGAUCAUUUCUAA